AUGACUUUAGAUUCAGUUGAAGCUUAUCACAUUCUCCGUAAUGGAAUUACUGGUGGUUUAUCAAAUGUUCAACAUAGAGUAAAUCUUAAAGGAAUCACGCACAUUAAUAAACUUUCAUAUAAUCCAGAAACUAAAACUGUAUCAAAUGAGGACACCACCAACAUUAUGACUCAUUUCGUUGGAGUUGACUUUAAUUCAUUAUAUCCUUCAUCAUUUUCAUCUAAUCCUCAUGAUUUCAUUCAAUAUACUGACCAUAAAAUGUAUAUGCCGGGAAGAUUGAAUGGUGUUAUCAUUUGUGAUACAGCAACAAAGAAAGCAAAAGCACUGGGAAUUAUUAGAAAGAAAAAUACUUUAUUCGUGGCUGAAGUAAAGGGUCACAUUGAUGAAAAAUACAUUAAUGAUUACAUAAACUUUUUACCGAUAAUAAGAAACUUAGAUAUUAUCACAGAUGAAAAAACAAUUGGCAGUUUUAUGUAUAAUUACAUGAAAUCAAACAAUUUACCGGUUGACCAGAAACAGAGAAAAUUAACUCAGUUAGCAUCAACACACAACCAAUAUCAACCAUUUUCUUCUUAUUAUCUUUGGUAUCUAAUAGACAAAUUUCAUUUUAUCAUCGAUGACAUUCAAUCAAUUUUAACAUUUACUAAAAACACUUGUUUUAAUGAAUUUGCGAACAAAUUUAUGAACGAAAGACAAAAGGCUGAAUUAGAAGGAAAUAAAGGAAAAAGUUUAUUUUGCAAGAUUUCACUUAAUGGAUCAUAUGGUUACGAUGCAAUGAAUACACAAAAUUACACAAAGACUAAAAUAAUGAAUGCACAGAAGGCACGCGUUGCAUGUAUGGCAAAUAAGUUUAAAAACAUAAGAGAAAUAGGUGAAGAUAC